GUUACCUCCACAAAAACACUUAUAAACCCUAAUCUCUCUCAUCAGCUUCGAUCAUCUUUCUUUUCUUGGCGCUAAUCUUUGAUCAAGGUUUCAAUCACGAUGAUUCGAAACUCAACGGAGCAGUUUUCGCGAAUCGAGACUACAUGUGGAUUGUUGCUUCGCCAAUUACAGGAGAUAUGGAGUGAAAUGGGAGAGAACGAGGAUGAAAAGGACGCUGCUUUGGCUGAUAUUGAGAAAGAGUGCCUCUUGGUUUACAAGCGUAAAGUUGAGGAGGCUAGCAGGUGCAAAGCGAACUUGCUUAAAGAGAUCGCUUUGGGGAGAGCGGAGAUUGCAGCCAUUGGAUCUUCUAUGGGUGGACAGGAGAUUCAUUGUAACGGUAGGGUGGGUGAGAACUUGAAGGAGGAGCUUGAGAACGUUACUGUGCAGUUAGAGGAGCUGCGAAGAAAGAAAGCUGAGAGAAUGAAUCGGUUUAAGGAGGUUAUUGAUCAGUUGCUGAGCUUGUCUUUUCAACUUGGAGAUUCUACUGAUUAUCUGAAGAAGCUUGGUGCAGAAGAGGCUGAUCUUUCGCUUCAUAAGUUGGAAGACUUGCGUAGGCAGUUGGCUGAACUCCAGAAUGAAAAGAGUAAAAGAUUGGAAGAGGUAGAGCGUUUGCUGGAAACGCUGAAGUUGUUGUGCUCGGUGCUUGGUGAAGACUUGAAGGACUUGACAAGAGGAAUUCAUCCAUCUCUGGUUGAUUCCAACACGAGAGAUGUGAGCAGAAGUACACUUGAUAAGUUGGAUUUCAUGAUUGGGAAUUUACGGGGGGUCAAGUUACAGCGAAUGCACAAGAUUCAAGAUCUUGCAGUUUCCCUGUUGGAGCUCUGGAAUCUCCUGGACACACCUGCGGAAGAGCAAAAGACAUUUCACAAUGUCACCUGCAGCAUUGCUUUGUCUGAGUCUGAAAUUACGGAGGCCAACAUACUCUCUGUUGCUUCCAUAAAAAACGUUGAGGAUGAAGUCAUUAGGCUUAGCAAGCUCAAGAUAACUAAGAUCAAAGAGGUGAUUCUUAGACAGAAGCUGGAGCUUGAGGAAAUAUCAAGGAAAGUGCACAUGGCACCCCAAGUUCUUAAGUCAGAGAACUUUUCAAUUGAAGCUAUAGAAUCUGGUGUCAAGGAUCCUGAACAGUUGUUAGAGCAAAUUGACUCCGAGAUUGCAAAGGUCAGAGAGGAAUCUUCAAGCAGGAAAGAGAUUCUAGAAAAGGUGGAGAAAUGGAUGACAGCAUGUGAAGAAGAGUCAUGGCUCGAAGAAUACAAUAGAGAUGAUAAUAGGUACAAUGCGGGAAGAGGAGCUCAUCUUACAUUAAAGCGUGCAGAAAAAGCUCGUAUACUUGUCAAUAAACUUCCUGGGAUGGUGGAGACUUUGACAGCAAAAGUCAACGCUUGGGAAGAUGAAAGAGGACAUGCAUUCUUAUACGAUGGUGUCCGAGUUUUAUCCAUGCUUGAGCAGUACAAGACUCUAUGGGAAGAGAAAGAGUUUGAAAAACAGAGACAAAGAGAUCUGAAGAAACUCCAUGGACAGCACAUCACAGAGCAAGAGGCACUUUACGGGUCAAAACCAAGCCCAGGUAAAAGUGGAAAGAAACCACUGAGAACUGCCUUACCUUCUUCUGCCAUGAACCGAAAACUCUCCCUUGGUGGUGCCAUUCUUCAAAGUUCCAAGCCUGAGAAGGCAACACUCAAUAGCAAAAAGACUACUUACUAUGACCAGAACGCUCCUAGUAGAAGAGAGUCUACUAUCCCAAAUCCUUCAGGGAGGAGAAACUCAGAGCUUCCUGGUCGUCUCAGAGCAAAGAACGUUCCGGGUGCAGGAAAAGCUGUGAUGAACAAAGGGAGAUCUCCAAUGCUUAGGAAACCUCUUUCACCUGUUACUUCCAAUAUAUUGAACUCCCCUGAAGAUCACAAGGAUGCUUACCCUACAAAGUCAUCUCCUAAAACCAACGAAGAGAACAGAGGAGCGGCUGUUCCAAUCUCUGAACCUACAACUCCAGCAGCUUCAGUUGCUAUGUCGGAGGCAACAACGCCGUUUACUCCUGCGUCCAAGGCUGUGAAGAAGAGGCUGGACAAUGCAGAAGGUGUUGAGUACUCGUUUGAAGAGGUUAGAGCCGGUUUUUGCUAAACCGUGAUAAUAUCAGGUUUUCUCGUUUGACUUAGAAAGCUGGAAAAAUGGAUUCGGUUUGACUGCUUUUGUAGGAAUUUUAAAUCGGUUUGAUUGGAAAACACAUUUUGUGUUUUGUUCUUCACUUGAAUACUUUCCCACAGUGGAUUUCUGUAAAACGUUUGCGUUUACUAUACAACCGGCUUUAUGGUUUGAU